CCAAGGCGGGAUCUGCGUGGGGAACGCCCCGGGACAGAAAGGCGGGGAGCCGGGACCUUGGCCAUUACGCAGGCACGAACUGGACCCGCCCGUCGCUCCGCCCCCGAGAAAGUCAGCGCCACCAUGGAGGAGUACCACCGCCACUGCGACGAGGUUGGCUUUAAUUCUGAUGAAGCCCACAAUAUUGUUAAAGAGUGUAUAGAUGGCGUCUUGGGUGGUGAGGAUUACAAUCAGAACAACAUUAACCAAUGGACCGCAAGCAUCGUGGAGCAAUCCCUAGCACAUUUGGUUAAGUUGGGGAAAGCUUAUAAAUAUAUUGUGACCUGUGCUGUGGCCCAGAGGAGUGCGUAUGGCUUCCACACGGCCAGCUCAUGUUUCUGGGAUACCACCUCUGAUGGAACCUGUACUGUAAGAUGGGAGAACAGAACCAUGAACUGCAUCGUCAAUGUUUUCGCCAUCGCUAUUGUUCUGUGAUUUAGUAAAAAUGUUCGGUCAAAGCAAUUAAAAAUGUUUGGUCAAAGCAAUUAACUGAAGAAUUUAUCAGUGAUCUUUUCUGAAAACAGUAACUGUUCCUUAUUAAUAUGUAGGAUGACAGGUGUGCCGAAUGUUUCAAAGCUAUGAACAAAAACUGAUUAUAAGCAAGCAGUCUCAGUAAAUUGGCAGAUUAUCUCAUAUUCUAUACAGCAUCACUUAAACAGGAGACAUUUAGUGUUAGCAAAAGACAAAUACAGAAAUAUGGCAUGAUCUGAAAAUACAGUCUCAUAUUUACACCAGCUUUUCGCUAAUCAUAUAUACCUAAGGAGAUGGGGAAAUUCCUCUAGAUAAUAAAAUUCACGUUCAGCUAGAGAUAUUAAUAAAAAUAAAUGUAUGAACAAAACACUGCAAGGAGAAAUAUGGAGAAAAUUGUAUUAGCUAACACUUCUUUCCUUUUUCUCCUCAUUUGGUUGGACAUGAUUUAGUGAAAAGUAAUUCUGGUUUUUUCUUCCAACUAAUACUAUAGAAAAGCGAUUUUUAUUGACUUGUUUACUUUCCUGAGAAUUGUUCAAUCCAUUUUGUUAAAUUUCAAGGUUGGAUUUACAUAUGAAGAGGAGUUAAAUCUGGUAACCUGGAUUCCCUAGUUCAGCAAAAUUAGUUAUAACAUGUGAUGAAAACGCAUGACUUUAACAGCAACCUUACAAUUCACUCAUUCCAUGUAGAAGGAACAUGUAUUCAGUUCCUCUUAUGAGCAUCUUUCUCUGCUAGGCAUUAUCAUAGUUAUCAAUCUGCUGUUCAGAGUCUAAGCUUUUUUUUUUUUUUUUGGCACCUGUUCAGCUAGAUAACUAACAUUCUGUUUUGGGAAGAAAAAAAAAAUGUUGCUUUAUAGGAGAAGCAAAAAGUGAAUCUGUCUAAGCAGAAGUGAGCAAAAUGAAAUGCACUUAUUAUUGACAGAGAAUUAUAGAUGUAAUUUUAAGAAUUGCUCCUAGCAAGUAGAAAAUACAUAAAAAUAUGCAACUCUUAGUUAAAGGCCUUCUUAGUAGCCUAACCAAGUAUAAAUUUUGUCAUUGCUUUAGUUACAACCGUCUGCAAACAACUUUAAAUACUUAUGUGGGGUUCAAAUUGAGUGGAAUAAGUAUAAAUGACAAGUGUACAAUCACAAGCAGAUUACUGACUAUCUCAGGGCUAAUGAAAUGUAGUUGAAUUUAUUAAGAAAUAAAAGAUGAAAAAAUAGGGUACACAGCUGGGCACCAAAUGCGAAGUCAAUCUGCUAUGUAACCUUGAAAGCAAAGUCAAGUUUGCGUCUUACCACUAAUACUAAUACAUUUAGGGAGUGGAACCAUGAAUCUGAAGUUUGGGGGAAAAGAUAAGAUUGGUAUUGACAAUGAGAUUGUAUUCUGGUAGGCGUACUAUGCAUGUUUGAUAUUUUGCUGAGUAAUAGUAAUUGUUCGGUGUUUGAGAAGAAUCUCAUGGAAUACAAGGAUAGAGUUUAAUGCCAUGAUCUCCAUUUUUGUCACAUCAAAAAUGCUCAUAGUCAUUACCUUUCUGUUCCUUUAUGCUACAGGCUUUUGUGCCCUUGAAGAUUAUCAUAGUGAUCAAAAUAUCUGUGCAGUUAAGGCUCGCUUUUGAUUAUCAUCAUUGAAGCCUGAUUUUAAAAGAAUAAAAAUCAAAAAUACCUCGUGAACUUGCUAUCUGCUCUGUUCCUACUUAAACUAUAAUAAAGAUUACCUUCUUGUGCUGUACUUUUGCUUCUGGAUGAUCA